UUAUUUCUUUUCCGUAAACAGCUCUCACUUAUUUCCGGGUUCGGGAGUCAAACAUGCUAUAAUCUAGUCAGAAGCUUAUGAUCAAUACUAUAAAUAGUGUGUAAAUAGGUCAUUGAAAUUCGCCAUUAAUAUUUGAUGUAUUUGAUAUUGCUCUCUGUGUUGACCUGGUUAGCGACGUGUCAAUGUUCUAUCGAACAGGACACAAAGGAUUGUGAUCUUCUGAAGCUGUGGCUUGACUCCACAUCAGUGUCAGUGGAGCUUAGUAAACAGGGUUUCCACAGGGAGGUAAUAACCACUGUUGAGCUCAGUCCUGCUCUGCUCAGUAGUGUCAGAGCUUUGCUGGUUUAUCGAUGGCCUCAAGGUGUCUUCAUCGAUCCGUACCAGCUCGCAUCCCUGAGAGAUCAAAGGGAUUGGCAGAUAUUGCUCAAUUCAGCCAUUGACCUCGAGGUGCCUGCUGAAAAGACUUCAGGAUUUGUCAGCUAUGUAUUUCCAACACCUGAUGAUCCAAUUCCCAGCCUGCUAAAAGUAACGAUUCCAAUACAUGGCCGCUACCAUGAGGCGUCUUCAGUUGGGAAAACAUUUACAUCGGUCGACAUCCAACCUCCUGAGCUGCUGCUACGGGAUGACAAAUGUUUGCAGCUUGACAACUUGGAGCCUUACACUGUUGUGGAGGCCCCCUGCACUGUAGACAACUCAAGCACUUGUUCAUGGGUUAAAAUCCAGCAGCAUCAGCGUGGCCCCGUGAGUUUACAGAUCCCAGUAGGUGACCGGUCACUGGUGAUGCCUGUGUGCGGUGGAACUCUUCUGGUCACAAUGAUCUGCUGUGUGGUUCUGUCCAGAUACAUGUGGAAUCAUCAAAUUAUGCAGCGAUGAUCAGCAUACCUCAAUUGUAUACAUAAUUGUAUAGUUUUGUCUGAUUCUGGGAACAUUAUGAUAUUAUUAGGAUCAUCAACGUCAAAUAGGCAUUAAGAGAUGCAUAUUGGGGCCAGGUAUAAAAUAGUUUGUUUAACUUACAGUAUUGUAACUACAACCUUUAUGCUUAUGUAAAUUGUUUUUUAUAAAGUGUUUUGAGAUUCUGUGUUUAAACAGAGGAACAUUACAGACGUACACAAGGCUGCUGUAAAUAAAUCAAGUACAUGCAUGUUCAUGGAUAUCA